GGGUCGGCCGCGUCUCUGCUGCUUCCUCCGCCGCUGCUCUACGCGUGGUUUCCUCCUCAGACGGUGGGGGAGGAACUUCUGAGAAGAAGAAACUCCGAUGUGAGCGCUGGGCUCGGCUGGCCGCCCUGAUCUGGACCUGGCUGGAGCAACCAUGUUCUGCUGGCUGCUUCUCCUGCUGCAGCUGGAGUGCAUCCGUCUGUGCUCCACAGCCCAGGGCGUCCUGCUGCCGCCUCCCUCCUCCGUCUCCGUCUCCUCCUUCAACAUGGAACACAGGCUCCACUUCCUGCCCGGAGCCCACACCCCCGCCGGCGCCCGCUUCAGUGUCCAGGUGACUCGGCUCAGGAAGAAGAGCCGCUGGCGUCCCGUCUCCAACUGCUCCCAGCUGACGGUCGGCCAGACCUGCGACAUCACCGCUGCCAUCACCGACCCGCUGGACCUCUACCUGUGCCGGGUCCGGGCGCUCACUCUGGACCGGACUUCCAACUGGACCAUGUCGGAGCAGUUCAUGCCGAUGAUGGACACCCUGAUCGGACCUCCAGAACUUGCCUUGUCUGGCUGCGGGACCUGCUUGAUCCUCCGAGUCACUGUUCCCACGUCAGUGGCUCCGCAGCUUCGCCCCCACCUCCAGAGUCUCUACAGGCAUCUGGACCUGCAGGUGACCCGGGUCAGCGACCGGGCUCAGUUCACCCUGACGCUGCCGUACUCAGAGGAGAGCGUGAUCCCGCACCUGCAGCCCGGCGCCCAGUACUGCGUGAGCGUGCGGGUGGGCGCGCUCACGCAGCCCCGCUCUGUUGCCGGGCCUCCGGUGUGCGCGCUCAGCAGCCCGCCCCGCAGCAGGAGCUCCGGUACGUGGCGCGUCUGCUCUCCUGACUCGGUGGCGGUCUCUCACCCGCCGCCUGCUCCUCUCAGAGCACGUGGUCCUGGGCCUGCUGGUGGCCUUCUGUGGACUGGGACUCCUUCUGAUCCUUGUGCUGCUGUAUGGCGUCCAGCUGAGUCGCCGCGAGCAGCAGAGGAGGUGAGACGCAGAGAGCGCUCGCCUCUGACUCCUGUGACCCGCUGCUCUGACCUCUCCUCUCUCAGGCUCGACAGGAGGCCAAGGACCUGACCCGCGGCCACGUGACUACGGAGCCCCGCCCCCUGCGCUUGAUCGACACCUCCCGCCACCCACGUGGGCCCUGCCUGGAACAGGAAGCCGGAAGCGUGUCGUUUAUAACAGUGUCAUUAAAGAAGAGCUGUCGCCAACCGCUUCUCG